GGGUUCGGGGGGCGGCGACCCGCGCCUCGCGGCGACCCCCGGAGGCCCGCGGCUGUGGGGGGCGUGGCCGCGGGCACGCUGCCCCGCCGGGCUCCCGCCCUGCUGCUCGGUCGUUUUCCGUACGCCGUCUUCUUCUUCUUCUUCUUCUGGUCAUCCCGGUGUGCCGCGGCUGUCACCGUAAGGACCUGCCCCACUGCCUUCAGGAGGGACCGUCCGUGCUGCACCCCAGCAGGCGCCUCUAGCCCUCCGUCCCAAAGCCAGCCACCCUGGGUUCCAUGCUUCCUUCUCUCUGUCAGCUGGCUUCCCUGUUUCAAGAUGAAAAUGUGAUGCAUAAUGGGUGGAGAGAUGUGGAAGCUAUGAGAGGGCGUAGCGAGAGGUCAACUGUGACAUUUACACAUUCAAUGGCUAGUCCAGGGAAGGAUAACUACAGAAUGAAAAGUUAUAAGAACAAAGCCUUAAAUCCUCAAGAGAUGAGACGGCGAAGAGAAGAAGAAGGAAUACAACUUCGAAAACAAAAAAGGGAAGAACAGUUGUUCAAACGUAGAAAUGUCUCUUUGCCCAGAAAUGAUGACUGUAUGCUGGAGAGUCCCAUCCAGGACCCAGACAUCAGUUCCACUGUGCCCAUUCCAGAGGAAGACGUGAUCACCGCAGAUAUGAUUCAGAUGGUUUUCUCUAGUAAUGCUGAACAGCAGCUGACAGCAACACAGAAAUUCCGAAAGCUGCUUUCUAAAGAACCCAAUCCACCAAUAGAUCAAGUUAUACAGAAACCAGGAGUUGUGCAGAGAUUUGUGAAGUUUCUUGAAAGAAAUGAAAAUUGUACUUUACAAUUUGAAGCUGCCUGGGCAUUAACUAAUAUAGCCUCUGGAACUUUUCUGCAUACCAAGGUAGUGAUUGAAACUGGAGCUGUUCCAAUUUUUAUCAAACUUCUCACGUCGGAACAUGAAGAUGUGCAGGAGCAGGCUGUUUGGGCACUUGGUAACAUUGCUGGUGACAAUGCAGAAUGCAGGGAUUUUGUUUUGAAUUGUGAGAUACUUCCACCUCUUUUAGAGUUAUUAACAAAUUCAAACAGACUUACAACCACCAGAAAUGCUGUGUGGGCCCUCUCAAAUUUAUGUAGAGGCAAAAACCCUCCUCCAAAUUUCAGUAAGGUUUCACCUUGCUUAAAUGUCUUAUCACGAUUGUUGUUUAGCAGCGAUCCAGAUGUGUUAGCAGAUGUGUGCUGGGCUCUUUCUUAUCUCUCUGAUGGACCCAAUGAUAAAAUUCAAGUAGUCAUUGAUUCUGGAGUCUGUCGAAGAUUGGUGGAACUUUUGAUGCACAAUGACUAUAAAGUUGUAUCACCUGCAUUAAGAGCAGUUGGUAAUAUUGUGACUGGUGAUGAUAUUCAAACACAGGUCAUUUUGAACUGUUCUGCAUUGCCCUGUCUCUUACACUUGUUGGGUAGUCCAAAGGAGUCAAUUAGAAAGGAAGCCUGCUGGACCAUUUCUAACAUCACUGCAGGAAACAGAGCUCAGAUCCAGGCUGUCAUAGAUGCAAGUAUUUUCCCGGUUUUGAUUGAGGUUCUCCAGAAAGCAGAAUUUCGUACCAGAAAAGAAGCAGCAUGGGCUGUAACUAAUGCCACAUCAGGAGGCACUCCAGAGCAAAUAAGGUAUUUGGUAACCUUGGGCUGCAUUAAACCACUUUGUGACCUUUUGACUGUCAUGGACUCCAAAAUAGUUCAAGUGGCUUUGAAUGGACUUGAAAACAUUUUACGUCUUGGAGAACAAGAAUCUAAGCAGAGUGGAGUGGGUGUCAACCCCUACUGUGCGCUCAUUGAAGAAGCAUAUGGCUUGGAUAAAAUUGAGUUUCUGCAAAGUCAUGAAAAUCAGGAAAUUUAUCAAAAGGCUUUUGAUCUGAUUGAACACUAUUUUGGUGUAGAAGAUGAUGACCCCAGCAUUGUACCACAGGUGGAUGAAAACCAGCAACAGUUUGUAUUUCAGCAGCAGGAGGCACCAAUGGAAGGAUUUCACCUCUAACAGGUGGUAGUGGCAAUGACUGACUGAAAUAACUAGCUUCUGAUAUCUCUUCCACAUUACCAGUGUUGGUAGAAAUGUUUUUAUAUAAUACGGAAAAGAAAAAAUUGGAUGCACUUUGAAAAAGCAAAAAAUGAAACAAAAGC